AGUCGAGCCUCCUCCUCCCAUCCAGCCAGAGCUCUGACCUUGCUGCCAUCAGUGAUUUCUUUUCCAGUUCCCGUCGCUUUACUUUCUGCCUGUAUAAGUUUUGUAUUAACACUGCGAGGGAAGUGUUCACCGUUGCGUCCAGAGACAGGACUAUUUCUGUCCGUUUGGACACCUUUGGUCUACUUUUACGCAUGGCAACAUCGGUGACAUUCCUGGAGUGACAACUGAACGGACUCUUAAAGUACGACGCCAAAUCCUGAACUUGGAGGGUUGUUUUUAAGAUAAUUUGAGCUGCCUGCAGUUCUCGUCUGCUGCAGCCAUGUUUUCCAAAGCCACUGCCAACUUCGUCCGCCAGAUUGACCCCGAAGGAAGCCUCAUCCACGUGUCCAGAGUAAAUGACUCACACAAACUGGUUCCCAUGGCACUGGUCGUCAAACGCAACCGCAUCUGGUUCUGGCAGAGGCCCAAGUACCAACCAACGGUUUUCACUCUAAGCGACUUGUUGCAGGGGGACAAGGUGCUCAGUCCUGGAGUGUCAGAGACAGAAUUCCUGACGUAUACAGGGACUUUUGGAGACAACCUCUCUGGGAAGCUGGACACCGAGGCUGGCUCUGUCAGCGUCACGCUAGAGGGGCGGGGCUCCUCCAAGCUCCAGUCCUGUUUUGGCAAGCUGAAGAAAGAAGAACUGGACGUGAAGAAGCUGCUACGUGACUCCAGCGACAGGCACGUGGACAUGGAGCACAAGCUGGUGCAGCAGCUGGAGAAGCGAGCCGAGGUUCUGGCAGUGGUGAAGGAGAGGAUCCUCACCACCAGCUCCUGCUCCGUCACCCAGACGAAAAAGGAGCAGUGCACCUUCCAGGGGGUGCUCGGAAUACUGGGCAUGCUGGGGAGCUCUGUUAAGGUUUGCGUGAAGGACAGCAACAACAUUGAGGUGGACUCUGAUGUUUCCUUGGAGAUCCCGUCUGGUACAGUUAUUGCGUACAGCAUCCUGGAACUGGAGAUUAAAAAGAAUGGACACUAUGAUAUAUGCCUACAGCCUGGCACAAUAGGAGGCAUUGAGUCAGACUCAACUGUACUGUCAUGGCCAUCCUAUGAUUCCUUGAAUAUGGUGGACGGCAAGUGCAACGGGAAGGCUCCAGAGGAAGUACCUUCAAGCGUACAGCAAAAUGGAUCGCAGGAGAUGGACCUUUUUCCUCUGGCAACGCUCCCUGAGUCCACUCGAUGUGCCUUGUUCAAGGGACUCCAGGAGACUCUGAGUCACAGAAUUGUUCUGUCAUAUCUGCAGUGUGUGCUGGACGAGUUGUGUGGUGGUGAAAGAUUCGAUAUGGCCAGGCACGAGGAGCUGUCGGAGGGUCAGAGGAAAUUAGUGUCAGCCAUACUGGACCAACCCGCCACAGACUGUGCCACUGAGAAUGGCCAGUGUGGUGUCCCUGCUCACCUGAAUGCAGCUCACCUGUUGGUCAGUGCCUUGGAAGAGCUGCCUGAUAAAACUCUGAGCCUCUUGAGCGAGAGCUGUCCUGAUUUUCUGGAGGCCUUUGACAAAUUGAUGUGUAUGUUUAAGGAGAGCCGCGAGCCCCUCUCCAUCCAGUGUCUCCCAGUCCUGCUGCAGGAAAACCAGGCCUUCCAGCUGGCAGAAAGGCUGCUCAGCUCCGCCAGUGUGACGCUGAGGAGAGACACCCACAGGCUGUGGGUGGAGACAGGCAGCGAAGCAGGAGUUCACUUGUUCGUCCUCUCUCUCAGCAUACAUGGACUGUCCUUGCUGUGCAAAGGGUUAAAGAAGUAGCAGUAGUGUCUGCAUGUGCACUUUUAUUUCUUUUUCAUGGAUAACAUUCUGUCCAUUUCUUUCUUUAUUGUAAACUUUAUUGGGACUAAGCUUAAUAUUAUAUUAUAUUAUAUCUCAGAAAGCACUUCAUAUUUUUUUAUAAAAAAAGAAAAAAAUAUAUAUAUUUUAUGUGAUGAAUUGUUUUACUUUGGUACUGCUCUAAAACGGUUCAUAGCUGUGUCUCAGUCUAUGCACUUAAACUAUUAAAGAGUAGUAUUAAGGAGUCUUGAUCAGGCACCUUACAUAAUCUAUCCUACAAAUUCUUAUUGUUUUGUAUAAAUCCAGUUCAAUAUUCUUAUUUACUCAUUUUUAGCUCACAAUGAAAAUGUGUCAUGAAGUACUCCAGUGCCCCCUGGACCUCAACCCACUAAAAUGAAAUAUUUACAUGCACAGUAAUACAUGUAGUAGAAUUUAAGUUUUUCGAUUUACAACAAAGUGUACAAUUUAUUAUUUAUUUAUGCAUGCCAAUGGUACACAAAGUUGAUAUAAUUUCUUCAUUUAUGCGGUAUGCUGAAAGCUGUGUUGCAUGCCUAUUCUUGCCAGGGUUUUUAUUUUGAAUGAAAAUGCAUUUUAUUGCUGUUACUGCUCCUAAUCAAAAUAUAUUUUAUUUAUCGAGAAAACUAUAUAUUAUGUAUAUAUAACAUUCCCCUGAAAUUCUGGCAUUGAAUACCAAAAAGCUAUAUUACAUUAAUAUGCAGUAUUGACAUUUUUAUAUUUAGAUUAUGUGUAUUUGAACAUGAGCAUUUUAUGAAGCUGCCUUUGCCAUGGCCUUACUCACUUUCAGUUUACAUUAUAAUUUAUUGUUGGUGGGAAAAAAACAUUAUACUAUAUUAAUACAUUUUGAAAAAUCUUUGCAUAUAAGUCUCUGUGUGUGUCAUUUGCUCCAUCAAAUUGUCUUACAGAAAUGGCAAAUAAAGCUUUUUUUUUAUUUUUACAUUGCAUGAACAGUAUCUCCCAAAGAUUCAAACUAGGGAGUUAUAUUCAUCUUUGUUGGAAAUAUUAAAGGAAAUUGUUUACUUUUGAGUUUAACACCUGUGAUAAACAAUUAAAUAUUCAUUUAAUUACUUUCACUGAAUUUAUAUUGUAUUAUUGUAAAUGAUAAGAUGAAGAGAAGAUACACUGUUGCCUGUUAUUGUUGAUGACCACAAAGAAAAUAAACAAACAACAACCAUAA